AUGGACGAAGUCGCUGGAGGCGGUGGUGGCGGUCCGGGGAUGGCGGCACCCCCCCGGCAGCAGCAGGGACCUGGGGGGAAUAUGAAUCUUACGCCGGGGGGAAAUGGAGCAGCUGGCAGCGGGGGUCCUCCGGCCGCCGAGGGAGCGGGCCCCGCGGCCGGCCCCGAGCUGUCCCGGCCGCAGCAAUACACUAUCCCGGGGAUACUGCACUACAUCCAGCACGAGUGGGCUCGAUUCGAGAUGGAGCGGGCGCACUGGGAGGUGGAACGGGCCGAACUGCAGGCCCGGAUAGCAUUUUUGCAAGGAGAAAGAAAAGGACAAGAAAACUUGAAGAAGGAUUUAGUAAGAAGAAUAAAAAUGUUAGAAUAUGCAUUAAAGCAAGAAAGAGCAAAAUACCACAAAUUAAAAUAUGGCACAGAACUGAACCAAGGAGAUUUGAAAAUGCCAACCUUUGAAUCAGAAGAAACCAAAGACACAGAGGCUCCCACAGCACCUCAGAAUAGCCAGCUAACGUGGAAGCAAGGGAGACAGCUGUUACGACAAUAUCUUCAGGAAGUAGGUUAUACAGAUACAAUAUUAGAUGUACGUUCUCAGCGGGUAAGGUCAUUACUUGGACUAUCCAAUUCCGAACCAAAUGGAUCCGUAGAAACAAAAAAUUUAGAACAAAUCCUGAAUGGAGGUGAAUCUCCGAAACCAAAAGGACAAGAAAUCAAAAGACCCUCUGGUGAUGUUCUUGAGACAUUCAAUUUCUUAGAAAAUGCUGAUGACAGUGAUGAAGAUGAAGAAAACGAUAUGAUUGGAGGCAUCCCAGAAGGAAAAGACAAGCAUCGGAUAAAUAAACACAAAAUAGGCAAUGAAGGUUUAGCUGCUGAUCUCACUGAUGACCCUGAUACUGAAGAAGCUCUGAAAGAAUUUGAUUUUUUAGUGACUGCUGAAGAUGGUGAAGGAGCUGGGGAAGCGCGGAGUUCAGGGGAUGGCACAGAAUGGGCUGAACCAAUAACGUUUCCAUCUGGAGGAGGCAAGUCAUUUAUUAUGGGUUCUGAUGAUGUUUUGUUAAGUGUACUGGGCCUUGGAGACCUUGCAGACUUGACGGUAACAAAUGAUGCAGACUAUAGUUAUGAUUUGCCUGCCAAUAAAGAUGCCUUUCGAAAGACAUGGAACCCCAAGUAUACGCUACGUAGUCAUUUUGAUGGAGUCCGGGCAUUAGCUUUUCAUCCUGUAGAACCUGUGCUGGUAACGGCCUCUGAGGACCAUACUCUAAAACUUUGGAACUUACAAAAAACAGUUCCUGCCAAAAAGAGUGCCUCUUUAGAUGUAGAGCCUAUCUACACAUUUAGGGCCCACAUUGGCCCUGUUUUGUCAUUAGCUAUUAGUUCUAAUGGUGAACAGUGUUUUAGUGGUGGAAUUGAUGCAACCAUCCAGUGGUGGAAUAUGCCUAGUCCUAAUGUGGAUCCGUAUGAUACAUAUGAGCCAAAUGUUCUAGGUGGCACUUUAGUUGCUCAUACAGAUGCUGUCUGGGGUCUUGCUUACAGUGGAAUAAAAAAUCAAUUACUAUCUUGUUCAGCAGAUGGCACUGUUAGGUUAUGGAAUCCACAAGAAAAAUUGCCAUGUAUUUGCACUUACAAUGGAGACAAAGAACAUGGAAUACCUACAUCAGUUGACUUUAUAGGCUGUGAUCCAGCUCAUAUGGUGACCUCUUUCAACACUGGUAGUACAAUAAUUUAUGAUUUAGAAACAUCACAGUCGUUGGUGGUGCUUUCAUCACAGGUAGAUUCUGGUUUACAAUGCAUUAAUCACAUUAACAGAGUAGUAAGCCAUCCUACACUUCCUGUUACAAUAACUGCUCAUGAAGAUAGACAUAUCAAAUUUUUUGACAAUAAAACAGGUAAAAUGAUCCAUUCUAUGGUAGCUCAUUUGGAUGCUGUUACAAGUCUAGCAGUCGAUCCUAAUGGAAUCUAUUUGAUGUCUGGAAGUCAUGACUGUUCCAUUAGAUUGUGGAAUUUAGACAGCAAGACGUGUGUGCAAGAAAUAACAGCUCAUAGGAAGAAAUUGGAUGAAUCAAUUUAUGAUGUUGCUUUCCAUCCAUCAAAAGCUUAUAUUGCCAGUGCAGGAGCUGAUGCCCUUGCUAAAGUGUUUGUGUGA